GGCUUUAUAUGCGUGCUGGAGGGGCCCGUAAGUCCCGCCUCCUCCUGGGCAGGAGACCAAUAGGCUUCCGCCUGCAGGGGCAGUCUGCUGAUGUCACGGCUCUUGUGUGCAGUGGACCAAUGGGCUCGCAGCUCCCGCUGACAUCAGCCAGCAGUCGGUUCCUCCAGCACACAGCUUCGUUUUCUGCUCAGCUUCUGUGUUUAAAUGGAGGCUGCUCUGUCGCUGUAGGAGCUUCUGUGUUUUAGCUGCGCCGCGCGCUGACAUGCAGCUCGUCUGAGGCAUGAUGGUCGUAGACGCUCCUAAUCCCAACGGGCCGUUCCCGCCUGUGGCUCUAAUGCACUUCAGAGAUGUGGCUCCGGCCGAGCAGGAGAAGCUCUUCAUCCAGAAGCUGCGUCAGUGCUGCGUUCUGUUCGACUUUCUGUCCGAUCCGCUCAGCGACCUGAAAUGGAAGGAGGUGAAGCGGGCGGCGCUGAGCGAGAUGGUGGAGUACAUCAACCACAAUCGCAAUGUCAUCACGGAGCCCAUUUACCCGGAGGUGGUGCACAUGUUCGCUGUGAACAUGUUCAGGGCUCUGCCGCCUUCAUCGAACCCGACGGGAGCAGAGUUCGACCCGGAGGAGGAUGAACCCACUCUGGAAGCAGCCUGGCCUCAUCUACAGCUGGUGUACGAGUUUUUCCUGCGGUUUCUCGAGUCGCCCGACUUUCAGCCGAAUAUUGCCAAGAAAUACAUCGACCAGAAAUUUGUGAUGCAGCUUCUGGAGUUGUUUGACAGUGAAGAUCCACGAGAGAGAGAUUUCCUGAAAACCACCCUGCAUCGAAUAUAUGGAAAGUUUCUCGGGCUGCGCGCUUACAUUAGAAAGCAAAUUAAUAACAUAUUUUACAGGCUGCUGAAGGUUUUGCUGCCGCUGCAUAAAGUGAAGUCUCUGAGCGUCUAUCACCCGCAGCUGGCGUAUUGUGUGGUUCAGUUCCUGGAGAAGGACAGCACGCUCACUGAACCGGUGGUCGUGGCUCUUCUCAAGUACUGGCCCAAGACUCACAGUCCGAAGGAGGUGAUGUUCCUCAACGAGCUGGAGGAGAUCCUGGACGUGAUCGAGCCGUCCGAGUUCGUGAAGGUCAUGGAGCCGCUCUUCUGUCAGCUGGCCAAGUGUGUGUCCAGUCCUCACUUCCAGGUGGCAGAGAGAGCGCUUUAUUACUGGAAUAACGAGUACAUCAUGAGUCUCAUCAGCGACAACGCAGCCAAGAUCUUACCCAUCAUGUUCCCCGCGCUUUACCGCAACUCCAAGAGCCACUGGAACAAGACCAUUCACGGCUUGAUCUAUAACGCACUGAAGCUCUUCAUGGAGAUGAACCAGAAGCUGUUUGACGACUGCACACAACAGUUCAGAGCCGAGAAGAACAAAGAGAAGGCCAAGCUGAAGGAGAGAGAGGAGGCCUGGAUGAAGAUCGAGAGUCUGGCCAAGUCAAACCCGCAGUACGUUUUGUGUGUUGAUCCGUCUGGACUAAACAGUCCUGUAGAAAUGGAGACUGAUGGUCCCUUUAUAGAAGAUGUUCAGAUGUUAAAAAAGACAGUGCAGGCCAGAGCCCUUCAGAUGGCGAGGGAGCAGAGGAAGGAGCGGCCGCUCAUCAGACGUAAAUCGGAUCUUCCUCAGGACUCGUACACCACGAAAGCCUUGGAGACGCACCGGCGCGCCGAAGACAUGAUGACCAACCACGACAGCCGCUAGCUCACACCGCUCACGCUCAGGUUGUCGUUUCUCUGGUGUUUUCUUGACUCUCUUCCUGUGGUUCGUACCUCACCAUCGGUCUGGCCGGCUCGCUGCUGCGUGGAUGAGAAGACACUCGAAGCUGAAAUUCUCCAGCGCAAGCGGAAAGCUUUCUUAGCGUUUCAGAUUUGUGUUUAUUUUCAGGGACGGUUGCCAGUGCCAAUACUGUCGUGUUGAUUAGCUUCCAGAGAUUUAUUUGUGUGUUUAUUGCUUCAGCUAAUGUGGUGUUUCAGACUAAAGCACGUAUGUCACGUGUUCUCUCUGUGUGUCGCUCAGAUCUGAUGACUUUAGUUAGUUCACUUCUGUGCCAUGAUGAACUCUGACCGUUUAGUUGAACUUUGUUUCUCUGGCAGAAUCUGCCACUCAUUGUGCUGUUUUACUGGUUCAAACAAUGGUACUGUUUCUCGAUCAGAUCAGUGGCGUCCGGAGCGAAGGCCGCGUGUCGUGUGCGACGGCUGAAUGUCACAAACAUUCCCGGAUCAAUUCACCCGGCACGGCUGUUACAGCAGAGCUCUGGGAUCCGUUAGCAAGCUCUUCUGAUCUCCAGACUCCAGCCGUACGGACUGUGACUCUAAAACACGUCCAGAAGGAUCUCAGUGCCUUUCAGCGGCUGUGACGGCGAUUCUGAUGAGAGCCUUCGGUCCGUUCGGAUGAAUCCAGAUCCAAACGCAGCGAUGUGAUGCCGACGCUUCGAAUGUUCAUUUCCAUCUGGAUGUUUUCCUGUUAUUUUAUUGAACUACCUAGAAGCACUUCCUGAAAACUUGAAAACUCUACUCUGUGUGUGUGUGUGUGUGAGAGAGUGUGUGAGAGUGUGUGUGUGUGUGUGUGUGUGUGUGAGUGAGUGAGUGUGUGU